UCACCCAACACAACACAAGCUUCUCUUUUUCUUUCUCCUAAUCAUUCAUAUACAUAUGUUCCUGUCCUGUGCUGAUUCAACAUGGAUGAUGAACCUUUUCUCCCAAACACUUCAACAAUACCAGAAGAUCAUCAUCAUCAUCAUCAUCAUCAUCAUUCUACCCAACCAUCAUCAAACUUGAGAGAAUUACCUUCUGGGUGCCUUGAUCUAAUCUCUAGUGAUGCCAAUAUCCCCAUCAUCAAGACCACCCCAAAUUCUUCUUCUUAUGUAAAUGUUCUUGCCUGCAGCUUGAAAAAGAACACAAGAAAGCUUCCCCAUCGCUCACACUCUGCUCCAUCUUUAUUCACUCAAGCCAGGGAGUCUUCAAUGCCCAAUUCUUUAGACCCUAGGACACCUCCCAACUCUACUCCGUUGAUCGUUCGGCAAGCGUUUAUUGGUGUGGUCUUUUAUCUAAUUAUUGUUGUUGUUAUAUUCCUGCUUAGUGGAAGGUUCAAGGGUACUACCACAUUAAAGCCAGUGGAUGCCUUGUACUUCACUGUGGUUACACUUUGCACCAUAGGAUUUGGUGAUAUAGUUCCUGACUCCACAUUUACCAAGCUCUUUACUUGUGUUUUCAUAUUGGUUGGUUUUGGGUUUAUAGACAUUCUGCUAAAUGGGUUGGUCGCCUACAUUUGUGACAGGCAAGAAGCAGUUCUGUUGAGUGCUGUGGAUGAGAAUAGGUUCAACACAUACAUGAUUGAUAAAGUUAAAGGGAGAAUGAGAAUUAGAAUCAAAGUGUGCUUGGCCUUGGUAGCUGUCAUUGGCUGCAUUGCUAUAGGAACAAUUGGAGUACAUUUUCUGGAGAAUUUGAGUUGGGUUGAUAGUUUUUAUCUCUCUGUUACUUCUGUCACAACUGUUGGUUAUGGAGAUUUCGCUUUCACCACAGCAACAGGAAGAUGUUUUGCCAUUGUUUGGCUUUUGAUUAGCACACUGGCGGUUGCCAGGGGAUUUUUAUACCUGGCUGAGUUCAGGAUUGACAGGAGGAAUCGUAGGAUUGCAAAAUGGAUUCUUCAGAAGAAGAUGACCCUUGGAGAUUUGGUAGCUGCAGAUCUUGAUAAUGAUGGAUCCAUCAGCAAAUCUGAAUUUGUUAUAUACAAGCUCAAGGAGAUGGGGAAAGUAACAGAGAAAGAGAUUCUUCAGAUCUGCAACCAAUUUGACUCUUUAGAUAAUAUCAAUUGUGGCAAGAUUACUCUUGCUGAUAUCAUGGAAGGUGGCUGAGUAAAACAAAGGUAUAGAAAAUGCCUCAGCUUUUGGUUACUUUGGCCAACACAGAGCACAUUCAAAAGGGUGCUUUUGCAAAACCACAAUUCCAAAUGCUAUGCCAAAUGGGCACACAAAAGUCUAGCUAGAUUUGGAAUUUUUCCUCACCGUAUAGAAACAAAAAUCAUUGCUCAAAAGUAGUUAUUGUUAUGAAUAGUUUGUACAUUAAGUAAAACUACAAGUCCCACAUUAGAAAAACAUAAAAGCUUUUUGUAGCUUUAUAAUGUGGGAAAAAGAUUUCUAUUUGAAGUUGAUGUAGGAGAAAAGGUUUAGAGGGAAAACAAAAGGCAAUUAUUUAUGUAAAAUACAUAUCAUUGUUUUUUAAUGGCUUCACAUACCAGUAUCAUAACAGUUAGGACAA